UUUGUGAAACACCCCCCUGGUGUAAUAUUUUUCUAUACUGGAUGGAAUAUUAAGCGGUGUAUAAACCAAUUUCCGAUAUUUAAUAGACUUGAAAUGAAGGAAUGUGACAUCCCAACUGAGAUUCACCAGUUCACCAUCCGAAAGCAUAUCACGGGAUAGGCAAGCAUUUAUAUGACUUUGCUAAAUUAUGCCAUUGACUUCCUUUCCUAUUCAACGUCAACGAGAGCUGGUAUAGAUACAUCAAGAACACAAAACGCACUUUGAUCAAUAAUCAUCUCUUUGUUUGAGUCAUUGAAAAUGUUCGCAUAUUGAUCCUUAACAAUAAUCUCUAUAGGCUAUCGACUUUGGCAGUGAUGCUGAAGCGCCGUUUUUCAAUUGUAAGAAGGCAACUAUUUCGAUCGUUGGUCUACAUACUAAAAGCUAGCUAAUUAUAUACAUAAUAUACAGUGAUCCUUUCUCGAAUACGUUUGUGGUAAUGUUUGUGAUGGGUCUGGGGCCAGUUCCAUAUAGCUGAGCUGUAUUAUCAGAUUAUUUUGGUGUAUGAAGCGUGAUGGAUCAGUUCGGUGUCACACAUGGCCAGGGCUGGAUAAGAAGAUGCCAAUCCGCGUUGAGGAGUUCAAAAUACCUGCUGAACAUAUCUGUGCUUCUCUCGAUUGCCUUCAUGGUGUUCGUCUAUUCGAUAAAAGGUAAUUGGCUUCAACGCGGUGUGAGUACGUCUUCGGUAAAUCCCAUUCCCGAGUCCGGCUGGUAUGAGGCUGAGCCUGUCAGUGGAAAUAAUGAUGGGAGAAGAACCGAAGAACAUGGAGGUGUGCAUGAAUACCGUGCCGAACGUACUAUGAACACCAGGACAUUGGUCCAACUCAUGGCUGACCAAAGUGCCAGUCCGACAUUUUCUCUACUGGCCAAUGUUACACAGCAUAGGAAGGGCUUGCCAAAUUAUUACAUUCAUGGGUUGAGAUCUGGAAUGGGAGAGGAUUACGCUAAGUGCAACAUUGCUUUUGUGCACCUUCAUAAAGCAGGUGGGACAACAACUAAGGCGGUAUUGAGGAAGGUGCGUCGAAAAGCAAGAAUGAAUGAAGUUAAAAUGUCCAACCGUGUAACUACCAGCGAAUUUGACCGCUUCCUCCAGAAGGGACGUACACCCAAGCCGACACUCUUCUGUGGAGGUUUCAGCUUUGGCAUAUGUGAUGUAUUGCAUAAGAGGCCCUGUUCAUACAUGACAGUUCUUCGUAAUCCGUAUGACAGGAUCAUUUCGUCGUACUUCUUCUGUUUUACAAAAUACUCAUCACGUCUGUGCGGACCAGUGAGACCCAAAGACGUGUCCAUCACUGCUUGGGCGAUUCAUCAAGGCAGUCACUUCUUCAAUCUAAUUCUUGUGCACCCGGACACUUGUAGGAAUGACUCCAGUUCCGAUGAGUACGUAAAACUCUAUCAGGAUCACACGAAAGAUAUCAUCCAAUACGUGCAUCGGCACGAGGACACGUGUUGGUUUCGACAAAAAGCUCUUCAUAAAGAGGCCUUAACAAAUGAGCAGCGUCGUGCACUUCUACACUAUAUCCUUGAUAACCUAGAGAACUGGUUCGCGGUAAUAGGAUUGUUGGAGGACUAUCGGGUAUCUCUAGAGCUCUUUGGAGAAGCUUAUCAAAUGAAUUUUACAGCUGAUUAUUCCGUUCCCCUUAACACGGGCGGGGCUAGAGUAAAAGAGGAAGAUACGACAAUAAAACAAAUGAAAAUUGACUUACUUAAUAGUGCAGAAGUAAGAGAAGCGUUGUAUGAAGAUAUUAUGAUUUACGAGAAAGCUCUAGAGAUCAUGAAACUUCAAAAAGAAGAAUAUUCUCGAAUAAAGAAUAUCGGAUGAGAGAUAAAAUAGUAGUAGCCCCUUCCCCCCCCCCCACCCCACCCCCCAUUAUGUUGAAGUAUAAAGUUGGCAGAGGCUCAUUAAUUUGUAAAUAAUAAAAUAUGUAAAGCGCUUAGAGUAAUAUCCGUAUUAAGCGUUAGAGUGGUGUGGUAUGUUUUUUUUUCAAUAUUCUUUAUUGUUUCAAUUGAACGCUUAAGUCAUACAUAAACAAUUAAUCUUUAAAACAUUAACCAAGAAACAGUUAGAACAUAAACAAAAUAAUGACAUGUUUAUCUCAGCUCUUCGAUUCAUUAUUUUUCAAUCGAAAUUUGGGUUCACGCGUAUUAGUGUGUAUGAUAUAAGAUAAUUGUACAUUUGACACUCUAUUGCGUGGUCUGUGGUAUAGUUUGUUCGGGGGGUUCAAUCUAUCACGACAUAAUAGAUGUAUCACCAAACGGGAACUUUAUCAUGAGGAUUUUUAUGCGAGCAAAUUUACACUCAAUCUAGAACUAAAUAGAAUUCAUUACUCGUUUUGAUUAGUGAACAAGGAAUGAUGAUAUUUACUAUGAAUAUUCAGCACAAAUAUCAACAUAUCGGUAUUGCUAAAAAGCAGUCAGUCCGCGGCAGAGCGUAUGCAAAUUAGGCUUAAUGAGGUUCGAGGCGCAGAACCCCGUUCCACACGUACGUACUCUCGUGAAUUCUCGUUUUGCGAGAUUUUGGCUUACUCGGGAGCAUACAGCUAUCGCCGGAUAUUGGCCAAGCCCUGCCGACAGGGGCGCAUAAGCACCACGUGUCAUCACAUUAAAUGACCAUAGAAGGCACUAUUGUCAUCAAAGAAAAAUUAUUUCGAGUGAACGUUAGUGUUAUUCUUAAAUUAUCAUAAUAAUCUAUCCAGCGUCAUAUGUACAGUGUAAUGAAUUCUUUAUACACACAUUAUAGGGUAGUCGAAUAGCGCCUUCAUUGAACGUGGAUGCAGAGACUUUCUAAUAAUCAAGCCAAGGUCAAGUUUAAUACCAUAUUAGCGUUUCCCUUAGAAAUUACUGUGGUUUGUGUACUUUCUACAUCCAGCUUUUGCAGAUUUAAUCUUGGUAAAGUCUCCCAGCUGAUUUUUUUUCUCCUAUUGGCAUGUUUACAUACCACUCGGGAUCAUCUUCAUUGACCUUGGAUCUUGGUCUUUGCCACAUCCAUGGACAAAGAGGGUGCAACUUACUCUUGUACUUGAUCAAAUUACUCACUGGGCAUCUUGGGUGACCUGGAAUCUCAAAUAUGAGUACAGUUUGUGACUGCUAAUCAUCGUCAAAGUGAUUUUGGGUCAGUUUAUCGCUCACUGAAAAAUGGCGGCGAUCGUUUUCCUCCGUGUGCAGCUCAAAAUCAUCUAGUGUCAUUUCUCUGACAUUCUCUGGGCCACGAUUGGCAAAAUAAAUCAUAAUAUCAAUAAAGACUUUCCGCUGUAACCCUUCGGCAGUAUUCAAAUCCAGGCUUUCUUAUAUGCGUUGCAUGUUAAUUGGGCUCACCGGCGGGUGUCGUUUGACGUUACCCUUUCCACUUUUCUUCAACUUUUCUAGAAAGGCUUUGAAGAUCUUGUUGGAACCUUUAAACUCAGUACCUUUCACAAUAUCAAGAUUGCGAGUGGUUUGGAAAUGCCUUUGCAGGCCAUAACAAAUCGAUUGCAACGUUUUCUUACAGUUCAAUUUUUUUUUUUUUUUAUGUAGGCCUAUUGUAUUGUGCAAAUUGAUCUAUAUGUAUGUUGAUAUGUAAAAAUUACCAUCAUUGUGAAUAUGAAAAAUUGAACGAGGAUAAAUAAAUGAAUUGAAUAGUAACUUGUUUUCACACUCCUUUCGA